AGGAUAGAUGGUUUCCUUUAACGACCUUGUUCUAGACUACAACGGAAAAAACAUUUCCAACUGCGAACAAGGACCAAGGACAUUUUCUGAUCACGGGAAGCUGAGAGUCUCUGCUAUUGUACAGAACAGAAGGUUAUUCAGUUGAAGGAUGAUUUUUAGAAAGUGGCUCAAUGGAACGCUGAAAUUUUGGGAGGCACGCGACUAUGUUCUUAGUCACCGUUGGCACGCAGCUGAAGUCAGUUUAUUGAAUUCGAGUCACUUAUUUUGGCUGUGCAACGACGUACUGAAAAUACUGCAUCGUCAUAAAGUCAAGCUUGCCAUCUUCUACUGGACUGCGGAGCUAGUCCAAGUUACUCUAGCCGACAAUAUAACGAAGCGAGUUAUUUGCCUUAUACGAUCAUUCGUAGGUGAAAUUCUCUUCGGGAUGGACGUGCUCGAAAUUUUCUCGUCGCCUGCCACUUGGGCUGUAACUGCCGUGUCUUGUCUGUAUUUUGCUUACAGGUAUGCCACGUCUACGUUUAAUUACUUUUCUGACCAAGGCAUUUCCGGCCCCAAACCAAUUCCUAUUUUUGGUAACAUGUGGGGUGUCUGGAAAGCGAAUCUUCCUGAUUAUGAUAUGGCAAUGGUGAAAAAGCACGGCAAAGUUUUCGGGUAUUUCGACGGACCUGUACCGAAUCUUUGGAUCACAGAUGCAGACUUGAUCAAAGCCAUGUUCGUCAAAGACUUCGAUCAUUUCGUCGAUCGCAGGUCAUUUGAACUCAAAACCAAAGUGAUGCGGAAAUGGCUGUCGUUGAUGAAGGGUCAAGAAUGGAAAGACAUUCGUUCAUCCGUUACCCCGGCUUUCACCACUGGUAAAAUUAAACGGAUGUCCGGACUUAUCAAAGAAUGCGUUGCCAAGUUGUGUGAUCGUCUAACGACUUUUACGGAGACCGACGGGAAAAUUGACGCAAAGCUGACUUUUAGUGCUUUUACCAUGGAUGUGAUUGCAAGAUGUGCGUUUGGCCUAAAAAUCGACAGCCUGGGGAAUAAAGACGACCCUUUUAUUCAAAAUGCUCAGUUUGUGUUCAAUCCCCAGACCAACAAAUCACCUGCCAUUCUGCUACCGUUUAUGUAUCCCGAUUUGUUUACAAUGUUUGGGAGAUUUACAGAGAGAAUGUUUGUUACCAAGCAGUUGAAAUUCUUUUUCAAAUUACUGGAAGAUGUACUUGCUGACCGGUUGCAAUCUAAACAGCAAUAUCACGACUUUAUUGAAGUGGCCGAUGAGGCUAUCUCCGCGUUUACGAAGGUAGUCGAUGGCAAAACCGUUCCCAUGUGGUCACGAGAAAUCAUAGAUGAGAUUAUAAUGGGCCAGUCAACGCUUUUCAUGCUGGCAGGUUUUGACACAACAGCUACAACCUUGACAAAUACUUGCUUUCAACUGGCCAAGAAUCCCGAUGUUCAGGAGGCAUUGUACGACAGCAUUGUUGCUAAAAUGGAAGAUUAUGAUGACGUGUCCCAUGAGAUGGUCCAAGAUAUGCCGUAUCUCGAAAUGGUAAUCCAAGAAGUGUUGCGCUUCUAUCCACCUCUUGUACGUAUUGAACGUCAGUGUACCAAGGACUAUUCUUACGACAAUGGCCGCAUCAAGAUUAAAAAGGGACAGAUUGUUACUGUGCCCACGUAUGCUCUGCACCACAUGGAAGAAUACUACCCCGACCCGGAAAAAUUUGACCCCGAUAGGUGGACACCAGAAAACAAAGCCAAACGUAGCCCAUACACUUACAUGGCGUUUGGAACAGGUCCUCGUAACUGUGUCGGUAUGCGCUUUGCCAUGGAAGAACUCAAAAUAGCAGUCUGCACCAUGGUCCAGAAAUUUCGCUUCUUUCCUGUUGCAGAAACUCCUGACAAGCUGCGUUUUGAUGAUGGAUUUGUUACAAUUCUGCAACCGAUUCACGCAAUAGUGGGUGUCGAAUACCGCGGCAACUCCAAUUAACACUAAAGUAAAACACGUCCUGUCGCGAAGCUUAAUGGAUUGAAGAAGAGCCAAUCGGAGCCGAUCCAUACUGCGUUUUCUGUCCGAUGUCUGCUGCCCCUUGGUGCUGCCGCUGUGGUGCUGCCAAACUGUCCUUCUGCAAAAUCUUAAACUAAAGCUGAAAUCGAUUUCCACGUGUGAUCAAAAUUUUGU